AUUGCCGUGCAUAACAAAUUGACAUUUGUUACUUUCAAAAGUGCGAGGUUUGAUAAACAAUUAGUGAAAUACAAUUAAUUUAAUUUUAACUAAUAACUAUUAUAAAAAAUGCGUUUAAAUGUUAGCUCCACGGCUUCACUUUUUAGCGCAUUACUUAUAGCUCUUCCAUCUUUGACCUCGCAGUAUGAUAUUAACGAUGAAUCUGAUGCUCAAAAAGAAGAAGCAGAUUUCUCCACAGUCGACGAGUCGGAAUCUCUUUUAUCGAACGUAGUCUCAGAUGUAAAUAAAACACUGACGAAUUUCUACAACCAUGUCACAUCAGCUAAUGUGUCCACAGAUUCAAAUAACACACAUUCAGCCAAUGAAACUCGAAAACUUGUCAAGUGCAAAGAAAUAAUAUAUGACCCAAUAGAUACAGAGCCGGCUGUGGAAAUCAUUAAUGGAAGUUCUCUUGCCAAGCUGUUACAAGUGAAACCUGACAUAACGAGUCGUGACGUUGAAGCUGAUUGUGUUCUGGUUUUAUUCUAUGCUAGAGCCUGCCCGUUUAGUGCACACGCUGCUCCACAUUUUAAUGCUCUUGCCAGAUCAUAUCCAAACAUCAAAAUGGUUGCAUUAGAUGCUUUAAAAUACCAUGGCAUUAAUGCUCAGUAUGGCAUUGUAGGUGUGCCCACACUCAAGAUGUUUCAUAACGGAAGACCGGUCGGUAAAUUCAAUGGUACUGAAUAUAAUAUACAUUUGUUCAGUAGAUUUGUACAUGCUAUAACUGGACAACACUGCCAAAGCCUAUUGGUCACAUCCAAAGACUUCCAAGGACCCGUAUCGAGUGUAGUUGAGAAAGAAACAGACUAUUUCCUUAUUCUUUCAUGGUUUUUCAUUAUAAUUUGCUCAAUAUAUUACUUUAUGGAAUCUAAAUGGUGGAAGAUGAUUGUUGAAAUGGUCCAAAAUAACUGGAGAGAGUCCGAAGCUCAGCACGAACACAACGAUUGAAAUAUUUAUUUAGGAAUCAAUUUGUACAUAUGUUAAUAAAUCUAUUUGGUUACACAAA